AUGCAAAGAGCUUUGCUGCAAUCAAUAAGGAGGACGAUUCAAACUCGUGUUGGUGUAAUCUAUCCUACACUCAGACCAUCAGUCUAUAUCCCACGUCAGCAAUUUGUUCGUUUCAAUUCUACAAAACAAGAGGCAAAAGACACCGCAACACAGGAAUCGAAUGAAGAUGCCACUGGCAAAACAAAUGAGAAGGUAGAGACUGAAAGUGCUACUUCAAAGGAGACAGAAGCUACCGAGGCUGCCGAAAAUCCUGAAACCAAGGAGUUGAGAGAGAAAUUAGAGAAGAAGGACAAAGAUUUGGCCCUUAUGAAGAACCAUUACGCCAGAGCCAAAGCUGAUUUCCACAGUUUGCAAGAAACAACAAAGAAGGAGGUGCAAAAUGCGAAAGAUUUUGCUUUACAAAAGCUUGCAAAAGAUUUAUUAGAGUCAGUAGAUAAUUUCAAUUUGGCAUUGGACCAUGUGAAGGAGGACACCCUCAAAGCCAAUGAAGAGGUGAAAAACUUGUAUGAUGGAGUGGAUAUGACAAGAAAUGUCUUUGAAAAGACAUUGAAGAAGCACGGCAUUGAGAAAAUUGAGCCAUUGGGAGAGAAAUUCGAUCCCAACUUACACGAGGCUACUUUUGAAAUCGCUCAGCCUGAUAAGGAACCUGGUUCUGUAUUCUUUGUCCAACAAACAGGUUACACUUUGAAAAAUAGAGUUUUGAGACCCGCCAAGGUUGGUGUUGUCAAGGUUGAAGAGAACUAA